UGAAUUCUUGAUCGAUUUUGGACGAAAACCGCUACAUUUCUGGAGUAUUUCUGAGAGUUAUUGCGACUGAGAUGACCUUUUGUUUAUCGUCAGUAAUAUUUUAACGCCAUGGAUGCUCCCAAAACACCUCUGAAGACAGACACCCCAGCGUCGGAUGCGUUCAUUUCGCUGCUAUCGUCGCUUGUAAACAGAGAAGAUGUUGAUGAAAUAAUAUUAACCCAGCGACAGAUGCUGAAUCGAUUUGAGAAGACAAACGAAAUGCUGUCUAGUUUCAACAAACUGUCUACAUCGAGAUACGACGAAUCGAUGAGACAAUUCAAGGAACAUACUAGAACGUUAGUCGAUAUGAAGAAAGACUUAGAAACUGUGUUUACGAGGAUACGGUCGCUGAAGAUUCAAGUCGCCAAACAACAUCCAAAUGCGUACGCUGCAAGUCAGGCCGAAAUCAUGAGCUUGAUGACCCCGGAGGAGGAAGAGGUGGCUAAAAUGAUUGGGGACAAGCUUGGUGAGCAGGACGGCAAUCAUGAUGUAAAGUUGACCCCUGGUGCGGAAACGACUUCGCCUCAGCAAUGACGUCAUUAUUACUCACCAUGACCUGGAUUAAUACAUAUUUACAGUUCGCGAAAUAUGUUACCAUGGAACCCCAUGUUAUCAUUAUUAAGCAUUACGUAUUGUGGUGAAUUAUUUAUAAAGCUGUUAAAAACACAAAAGGUGUAUUUAUGCACAUAUUUUAGUUUUGAUGUUGAAAUUAAUUAAAACAUGGUAGUACUGUAUCUAGUUUUACCUUGUCACACCAUGAAUCACCUUUUCUAUGCGAGUGUCAUUAUGCUUGAACAAAAAUCAAACACUCACUGUGCAUUGGCUGUGAUGCUAUAACCAUUUUUUUUUCUUCCACUGAGAAAUGUUUUCAUGAGUACCUUGAGUGUAACUCUCUUGCUUUCAAGUUCGUGAAAAUGGUCUGGGGUAUGUGAUUGUUUGCUGUGACAAGCUAUCUGACAGUUUCAGAGACAUUGUUCCCAGAUCAAAUAUAAGUAAUACUAUAUAGGGCUUAGCUAUUAGCAUGGUUUUAUUCUCACUUAAGGUAGAAGCCUACUCAUAAUUUUUUAGUGUAGCAAGUAAAUCCAGUUUAUAUUCAAAUUUAACAAUAGAAUAUAUACUAUUAUUAUACAUCUAUUACCGUAACGCUAUAAGUUACAGUG